AAUACGUGCUUAAAGGAGCACUUAUCAUGGGAAGUAAUUGUCCCGAUAGUUCGUUCCCAGCGCAGUCAUGAGAGCUGUUAUUUACCCAUCAAAUCUCGCAUCCCGUAUGCAUUAAUAUUGCACUGAUUCAUAUAGCGGCGGAAGCCUAAGUUCGGGUCGAGACACCAGAUAAGCUGGUGCUGAUGGCAAUGUAAAUUAACUAGCAAGGACCAUGACGAAAUGCGAAGGAACAAAACAUAAACAAACUCCAAAAGGGAACGAUAACAAAUAUCGGUUAGAACUUGCUCUCGGAGGGUUGUGGUAAUAAAGUCAUAAAUGCAUCUCUAACGAAGGAUGCAAUAAAUCGACGAUCUAGUAACCGUCAUGGAAACAUCUGGUGAAAUAAUUAACAUGCUCUUCAAGCAUACAGAUGAGGUGCCGCAUAUGUUUAGAUAGGACGGCUAAGCAAGAUUUGAACUUGAACUUGAACCUUCUAGGAGGGCCCUUGCAGCCGUUAGGGAAUAGAGUGGGAUAGCACGAAAUGCAAGUGCAACCAUCUAAUCAAAUCUUUAUGUAGUAGUGAGGCACCAGGAAUUUGUUUUACCCGUGCUGACGAAUAGUAAUGUCAGCACUUGAGGAGAAAGGGAGAUAACAAUAAAUGUUGCACUGCAUGUAGUGCAACACUUUAGUUAAGAUUCAUGUAUAUAUAGUUUAAGUAAUGUAAAAAUAAAUCAGUCAUCAGUUACCAGAGAAAACGGUCGUUCGCAUUCAUCACUAGAAAGAAAAUUCCCGGACGAGCCCCCACCAGAAGAAGUCAUCCUCCCCUAGAAGGAAGCAUCAUCGCCCAGGAACUAUGUUAACUACAGCAGCAGUUCUCAGCACGGCGAAUUCCUUAUUAGUAACACCGGUCGAGCAAGAUGGGGUAUUUCUCGACCACAUAGGAACUACUUUUAUGAAACGGGGCAUAUGGCGGACGAAUAUAAAUACGUCGAUAUCGCCGAAUGAAGACCGGGAAUUGAUCGAAGGCAUAAGAUGUAAUAUGUCAGCAACAAGGAAGCGCAUGACCAAGGACAUAAAAAAUGAAAAUAUGAAUAGAAUUUUGAGCGUCUUCGACAAAUUAUGCUCGGAUGCAAUUUCCGAAAUUGAUUAUGAGCGAACAAGAUCUCGACGCUCAAAAGGGAUAUUUGGAUUCUUGUGGAGCUUCCUAUUCGGUGAAAAUGACAUCGAAACUGAACUAAAAGCAAUGAGAAUGCACGACAAUGAAAAAAUACAUCAGUUAUCUGAGUCGUUAGUUCAAUUAAAUGGAAAGACCACUGAGAUGGGAAAUACCUUAAACGAUCAAUUCUACGGUCUGAUGAAGGAAACAAACCACCUGAAGCAAAAGUACGCCCUAGGUGAAACGGAGUACUUGGAAAGUCGUUUGAUCGAGAUAAUCAUGCUUUCUCGAGAGACUAUUGACGCAGUGCUUCACAAGUACAAAAGGAUGAGAUCAUAUCCACUUUCGACGGAAGAACUUACCGCAACGUUCGACAACAUCUCGUCAACAUUGCCAGCAGGACUAACAGUUCUUCGACAAUCCUCAUUGGUAAAAUAUGAAACGCAGCAGAUCAAUGGGACUAUCGUAAUCGCAAUGUACACUGUAGUUGUCAGCAAAACAGUGUACGAAAUGUUUCGAAUUAUUCCUGUACCUCAUAUGGAAAAUCAUGCCAUCAUUGAUAUAGGAAAACCACGCAUACUGAUUGACCAUAACGGGGAAUAUUUCUACCCAACUACGGAACCAGUACGGAUGAACCAAACUCAUUUUAUCGUGGAACCUAGCACGGUUCAUAAGGAGCUUGACUGCGUAUCUGGACUAGUGGCACACAAACUUUCGAAAAGCCGCUGCAAUAUUACGCACCUGUCGCCACCAUACGCCGAGAUGAUUUCACUCACGGAUGAGAACCAGGUGCUUUACUUCGCCAGCGACACAACUAGUAUUAUAAUUCACUGCAAGAAUUCUAUUAUAGCGCCACCAUACAAGGUGGCUGUAGUUAAAUUAGAUUUCGAUUGUAAAAUCCAAAAUAAUAAGAGUGUUAUAUAUGGAUUCGUGAAUAGGGAAGAAAGGCGGACAAACUUAUUCUUUAAAGAAAGAAUUCAGAUUAAUUUCAAUUUAGAGAAGAAUGAAACGGCAUUAGCAGAAUUAAAUAAGCCUGCGAAUCCAUUUGACAACAAAAUUUUCACUAUAACAACGGAUGAUUAUAAGGAACAAGAUAUAGGUGAACCCAUUAUUGAAUAUGUAUUAGUGGGUGUAGGAUUGUUAGGUAUUAUGUAUGUGGUAGUAUAUAUUUAUCUACGAGUUAAAAAAUGUAAUACAACACGAAAUUCCAGAAGACCGGCGGAGUGUUUGUUUCCACUUCCGCGAAAUACAGCUGAAAGCUCGUUAUAAAAAAAAUAAGGUCUUUGCAAUUAUUUAUAGGAAUAAUAAACUUAACAGAGAGGACGAACACAAUUUGAAAAUUUAAGAGUAAACACCAAUAUUCCACGACAGUCGCUCGAUUAUCAAUAAAGGUAAUUCUUCAGGAAGAUUUACGGGGCCAGAAAUGUCGAGCGUAGUGUUUGCUACAAUCGCAUUAAUCAGAUGAUGGCAUUAAUAGACUUUAUUUGUCAACCAAAAGAAACGAAAAUAUAAAAAAAAAAAAUACGUGCUUAAAGGAGCACUUAUCAUGGGAAGUAAUUGUCCCGAUAGUUCGUUCCCAGCGCAGUCAUGAGAGCUGUUAUUUACCCAUCAAAUCUCGCAUCCCGUAUGCAUUAAUAUUGCACUGAUUCAUAUAGCGGCGGAAGCCUAAGUUCGGGUCGAGACACCAGAUAAGCUGGUGCUGAUGGCAAUGUAAAUUAACUAGCAAGGACCAUGACGAAAUGCGAAGGAACAAAACAUAAACAAACUCCAAAAGGGAACGAUAACAAAUAUCGGUUAGAACUUGCUCUCGGAGGGUUGUGGUAAUAAAGUCAUAAAUGCAUCUCUAACGAAGGAUGCAAUAAAUCGACGAUCUAGUAACCGUCAUGGAAACAUCUGGUGAAAUAAUUAACAUGCUCUUCAAGCAUACAGAUAAGGUGCCGCAUAUGUUUAGAUAGGACGGCUAAGCAAGAUUUGAACUUGAACUUGAACCUUCUAGGAGGGCCCUUGCAGCCGUUAGGGAAUAGAGUGGGAUAGCACGAAAUGCAAGUGCAACCAUCUAAUCAAAUCUUUAUGUAGUAGUGAGGCACCAGGAAUUUGUUUUACCCGUGCUGACGAAUAGUAAUGUCAGCACUUGAGGAGAAAGGGAGAUAACAAUAAAUGUUGCACUGCAUGUAGUGCAACACUUUAGUUAAGAUUCAUGUAUAUAUAGUUUAAGUAAUGUAAAAAUAAAUCAGUCAUCAGUUACCAGAGAAAACGGUCGUUCGCAUUCAUCACUAGAAAGAAAAUUCCCGGACGAGCCCCCACCAGAAGAAGUCAUCCUCCCCUAGAAGGAAGCAUCAUCGCCCAGGAAGUAAUUCUCUCUAAGAAGAGAAUUGUAUAAGUAUAAUUUACUUCAACAAAUAUUUCUUCCUUUCCCUUCGCAGGUACAGUCCGCUGGAGAACCGUAGCCAGCAUAAAAGCGUACUUCCGCUCUUAUGCCCUACUUGCUUCUCCCCGGAUAUCCGAAAACUUUAAUCGUAAAGUCUUAAGGCAAAUUAAAAAGAAUUUGCGACAGGGAACAGUCAGUCGCUCUGACGG